AGGGGCUCUCUUGGUUGAGCUGAUUCGGCGAGUCUUUCUCUCCUUCUUCUCUUCUUCCUCUCUUUUUCUCCAACAGCCAGAUCCGUGUCUUUGCUCAAGCCAAAGAAGUGGGCAGAGAGAGAGAGAGAGAGAGAGAAAGAAGCAGAGAAAGAGAGAGAGAGUCGAGCGAGCACGCCGCGCGAACUUGGCGGAAACUUAAGAGAAUGCGCCAAAAGCCCACGCUUCUCCUGCUGCUGGCGGUUGCUGCUGCUGCUGCUGCUGCUGCUUCUGCAUCCUAUGAAGUCGAGCAGAAUGACUCCUCCGUCAGCCCCAGGAAGGUCAGGCUUGCAGCCCAAAACUCAGUGGAUGUGGUUCGAUGUCUAAAUAGUGCCCUCCAAGUAGGAUGUGGGGCUUUUGCCUGUCUGGAAAACUCUUCGUGUGACACAGGUGGCAUGUAUGACAUCUGCAAAUCUUUCCUCUACAGCGCUGCUAAAUUUGACACUCAGGGGAAGGCCUUUGUAAAGGAGAGUCUGAAAUGCAUUGCCAACGGUGUCACAUCCAAGGUGUUCCUGGCCAUUCGCCGAUGUUCCGCAUUCCAGCGUAUGAUUUCUGAAGUGCAGGAAGAAUGUUAUAGCAAGCUGGACAUCUGUGGUGUUGCAAAAAGGAAUCCAGAAGCCAUCACAGAAGUGGUCCAACUCCCAAACCAAUUCUCAAACAGGUAUUACAGCAAACUUAUGAGAAGUUUGUUGGAAUGUGGGGAAGAAAUUGUCGGGACCAUUAAAGACAGUUUGAUGGCCAAAAUUGGACCAAACAUGGCCAGCCUGUUCCAUCUCCUGCAGACCGAUCGCUGCGCCCAGAUUCAUCCAAGAGCAGACUUCAAUCGGAGACGCAUCUCGGAGCCUCAAAAGUUAAAAAUCUAUUUGAGGAAUCUCCAGGGGGAGGGACCUUCACCAGCCUACGCGAAGCGUGAUUCUUCAGAAAGCGUGUAAUGUGCCAUUGAAUGAGUAGAAAAUCCCAGUUGUACCAAACUAAGAAAUUGCUCUUUUUUUUUCUUUUGCAUUCACAAUACACCAGAAAUGUACUGUAACUGACUUCUAAGGACAUUUAGCCAAUCUAUACAAACAAACAGACAAA